ACUUUAUUUCAUUCAAGUUUCAUAGAUCCUUUACUACAUUUACAUAUAAUUCUAUACCUUUAAGUUCCCAUUAAUUCAUAUUUCAAUUUUUGGAACAAAGCUGAAAGAAAAAUGGCACAUUCAAGUUUGGAUGAAUCCUUCAAAAAAAGUUUGGAAGAAGACAAGAAGAAAGAAGUGAUUCGAAUAGAACGUGAAUCUGUCAUUCCAAUUUUGAAACCUAAGCUCUUCAUUGCAUUGGCUAAUCUUAUUAAACAUAGUUCUGAUCGAGCAGAAUUUUUGAAGCUUUGCAAAAGAAUAGAGUAUACAAUUCGAGCUUGGUACCUUCUACAAUUUGAAGAUAUGAUGCAACUGUAUGCACUUUUUGAUCCUGUAUCUGGGGCACAUAAGUUGGAACAACAAGGCUUAACUUGUAAAGAAAUUGAUGUACUUGAACAAAAUUUCUUGACUUACCUUUUUGAGGUAAUGAAAAAGAGCAACUUCAAGAUUGCAACUGAUGAUGAAAUUAAUGUUGCACUUUCUGGACAAUAUCUUCUAAAUCUUCCCAUCACUGUUAAUGAAUCUAAGGUUGAUAAUGUGCUUUUGAAAAAAUAUUUUGAAGCACAUCCAUUUAAUAAUCUUCCAGAUUUCUAUGAUAAGUAUAUCAUAUUUCGGCGUGGCAUUGGAAUUGAUCAAACAACGGAUUACUUUAUAAUGGAGAAAGUGGACAUGCUCAUUGCACGAUUCUGGUCAUAUCUAUUAAGAACACUCGGGUUGGAGAAACUGAUUUCCAAAAGAUCAAAAAGACAUGGUAAGAGAUUAGAUCCAAAGAAGGACGAUGAAACUACGCCAGAAGCUUAUCAAGAUGACGUAUAUGAACGGAUACGUCUUGAAAAUAUGCCAUUAAGUUCUGGUAAUUUGCUAAGCAAGACCUUAAUCCAAGAACCGACAUUUGAUAGGAUAAUUGUUGUUUACAGGCGAGCCAGUUCCGAUUCAAAACCAGAAAGAGGAAUUUUUGUGAAGCAUUUCAGAAACAUCCCAAUGGCCGAUAUGGAAAUAGUUCUUCCAGAAAAGAAAAGUCCUGGAUUGACUCCAAUGGAUUGGGUGAAGUUUCUCGGAUCCGCUAUUGUUGGAUUGGUAGCUGUUUUUAGUUCGCUUCAAGCAGCAGUUACAGCUGAUUUGAGGGUUAUUGGUGCUGUUCUUUCUACGGUAGUUGGUUAUUGCGUUAAAACAUACUUCACGUUCCAACAAAACUUGGCAGCAUAUCAAAAUAUGAUAACACAGUCAAUGUAUGACAAACAACUAGACAGUGGGAAGGGUACACUUCUCCAUUUAUGUGAUGAUGUCAUUCAACAAGAAGUGAAAGAAGUAAUGAUUUCAUUCUUUAUUCUGAUGGAACAGGGAAAAGCUACAAGACAGGAACUGGAUCACGGGUGUGAGGAACUAAUCAGAGAAGAAUUCAACGAGACAUGCAACUUUGAUGUUGAUGAUGCUGUUCACAAACUUGAGAAAUUAGGAAUUGUCACGAAGGAUCCUAUAGGACGAUAUCAAUGUGUUGGAUUGAAAAGAGCAAAUGAAAUAAUUGGUGCCACCACUGAAGAGCUUGUAAUUAGGGCAAACCAAGGAAAUAUCACUCCUUGAUGCUUGCUGUUUUGUCAAUAUAUAUGUACCUUCAUACUUGAAGGACUGGAAUAUGUACAUUUCAAUAAUUAAAGGCAGGAACAAAAAAAUUCAAGAGAUUUAAGACCUAA